AUGAUCAACCGUAUACGACGUUUCCUACCGAAAGUCAGGAACUUCUCUACUGCCAACCUACAACCAGAGACCUCACUACCCCAGCUCCAUCCAUUGCUUAUCCAGCGUGCUCAAAAUCUACAAUGCGAACACCAAGAAUUACUGAAAAAAUUGGACUCGUAUGACCCAGUGCUCCAAAUACAAUUUGAUAGGAUUUCUCAAAUCAUGGAAAAAUACGACAAAUUCGCUUUGCUCAAUAAUGAGGUUUCUGAGCUUUCCAAAAUCAAAGAUCAGGAGUUGGUAGAGGAUGCCCAAACUGAAAUUCAGUCGUUGAUUCCUCAAUUGCAAGAGAUGUGCAAUGAAUUGAAGAAUAAAUUAUUACCUCCAGUGAAGUAUGCAGAGUGUAAAACCAUGAUUGAGCUUAGGCCAGGUGUUGGUGGGAAUGAAGCAAGUUUGUUCACAGAGGAUUUGCUCCAGAUGUAUGUCAGUUUCGCAAUGCACAAGAAUUGGAAGUACAAAAUCGUGUCAACUGGAAAGACCUCAAGUGGGUUUUUGAAUGAAGCAAUUUUGGUCAUAGAUGAGCCCGGAUCAUACGAUAUCUUGCGCCACGAGAGUGGUGUUCAUAGAGUACAAAGAGUACCGGAAACAGAGGCAAAGGGUAGAAUUCACACGUCAACUGCAGCAGUAGUGGUCCUUCCAAAGUUAUCUGAAGGAAACGAACAGAGUUUACGCAGCGAUGAGCUUCAAUUUAAACCUGGAGAGGUGAGAAUUGAUACGAUGCGAGCCAGUGGGAAAGGUGGUCAGCAUGUCAACACUACAGAUUCUGCCGUACGAUUAGUGCAUAUUCCUACAGGAAUGAUAGUCACUCAACAAGAUGAGCGAUCCCAGCCACAAAACAAAGCUAAAGCUUUUGCAAUAUUGCGUAGUCGAUUGGCAGAACGUGAGCGGAUACAAGAAUUGGAGAAGCAAAAGAAUCUUCGAACUUCGCAGGUGAAAACUACUGAUCGCAGUGAUAAGAUACGAACAUACAAUUAUCCUCAAAAUAGAAUAACUGAUCAUAGAUGUGGGUACAGUCUACAUGACAUUGAUGGUUGUAUGAAGGGCGAGAAAUUGCAAGAUAUAAUAGAUAAGGUGACGGAGGUUGAGUAUGAGGAGAGGAUGGACGAAAUGGUGAGCGCACAAUCCACUGGCGACAAGGAAGUAUAG